GUUAGCAAUCCUCAAUUUAGCUUAGCUAUUAGUGACUCAUCCUGGGCAUUAGCUACUUAAGUCUUUUGUUCAAUAUGUGCUGGGAAAAAUGGAACCGUGCCUGUACUACUUGCUGGAUACCUAGACUCUUGGCAAUUCUUAGUUUUAUCACUUGCCAAUACAUCAAACCAGCUCAUCUGGAUGAUGAUGAGGAUCGUGAGGAAAAUGAAGUCCAAUGCUGCCCAUCCUGGUGCUGUAGCUACUGUACUUGUAAAAGAUCUUGGAAAAAUUGCCGUAAAGUGAUGCUGUAUAUUACAAUUGUACUAUCAGUAUUACUGGUUAUUCCCAUCAGUGUAUAUCCUACUAGUGCUUUCAUUGUUGGGUGGGCUAACUGUCCAUACAGAUACAGUGAAGGAUCAAGGUCAAUUUGUUUUACUAUUGCCACAAAUGAAGAUACUACUAGAGUAGAUAUCAUAUUGAGAGAGACUGGAGAUGAGUUGAUACAUGCUAAUAACACACAUCAUGUGCAAAAAUUCAUUGACCUUACUAAGAUAGCAAUAUUGUUCUCAACAACAGCUAAUGGAGUGUCACAACUGUUCUUCAUAUUGGCACUGGUUUGUCUAUUUCUUAAACAUUACAAUUGGUCACGUGAGAUGAAGUUGAGCUGGUGGAAGAAAUUCAAACUGUAUUGCUGUUGCACAAGAGAUAAACAAACUGAUGAUAAGAAAGUGAUACCACUAGAUCCUUUUAAUGAUGAUCAUGAAAAUGAAUUUAUUGAAUCUACUUCAAUUUCUGUUGUGUAUCAACAUAAACUUGAACAAGUUAUAAUAUUAGAAAACCCUCAGGCGGAACCAGGGCCUCAGGCAGAACCAGGACCUCAGGCGGAACCAGGGCCUCAGGCAGAACCAGGGCCUCAGAUGGAACCAGGGCCUCAGGCAGAACCAGGGCCUCAGAUGGAACCAGGGCCUCAGGUGGAACCAGGGCCUCAGGCAGAACCAGGACCUCAGGUGGAACCAGGACCUCAGGCGGAACCAGGGCCUCAGGUGGAACCAGGGCCUCAGAUGGAACCAGGGCCUCAGGUGGAACCAGGGCCUCAGGUGGAACCAGGGCCUCAGGUGGAACCAGGGCCUCAGGCGGAACCAGGGCCUCAGGCAGAACCAGAACCUCAGGCGGAACCAGGGCCUCAGGUGGAACCAGGGCCUCAGGUGGAACCAGGGCCUCAGGCGGAACCAGGGCCUCAGGCGGAACCAGGGCCUCAUGCAGAACCAGGACAUCAGGCGGAACCAGGGCCUCAUGCAGAACCAGGACAUCAGGCGGAACCAGGGCCUCAGGCGGAACCAAGGCCUCGUGCGGAUCAACAAAAAAAUAACUUUUUCUCCCAACAAGACACCAGUACCAGUACAUUACUUCAAGGAAAAAAUGCAACCAUGACUACUGUACUACUUGCUGGAUACCUAGACUCUUGGCAAUUCUUAGUUUCUUCACUUGCCAAUACAUCAAACCAGCACAUCUGGAGGAUGAUGGGGAAAAUGAUGCCAGAAGCUGCUCAUCCUGCUGCUGUACUUAUAAAAGAUCUUGGAAAAAUUGUCGUAUUGUGA